UUGGAGAGCAAAACUUCUUUAUACUCUAUAUUUCUAAAAUCACUUUUAAAGUUUAGAAACAAGAAAAUUUGAUAUAUUCAGAGAGUUGCUGUUUUCACCACUAUCUGAAAGGGCUUUAUUCCAUCGGGAAUAAAUGAUGGGUCGACCAAAAGGUGAUAAAUACUACUGGAAUCAAGUUACAAUAGAAGAAAAUGGGAAGUGGAAAUGCAAGCAUUGUAAUCGAGUCUUCAGUGGGGGAUUUACAAGAAUUAAAGCACAUGUAGAUCAAACAAAGGGAAAAGGCAUUGCUGUAUGUGUAUGCUCAGUUGAUGGUGGCAAUGAGAGAGUUCUGAGUACUUCCGAUUCAAACAAUCCACGAUUGACUGAAUCACAAUGUUCGGUAGCAGAGCACGUUGUAAGGGGAAGCAACAACGUCAAUGGUAUUUUCCAAAGUGAAAUCAAUGACUUAAAUAAGUUGGUUUCUGAUCUUACAAGUGUGGAAGAUGACAUUAAGGGACAACUACAAUGGCUAGAGUCUCGAGGCAAGAAGCGCAAGAGUAAUGUUAACAAUUGGUUGAAUGAACUACAAAAUUUGAAAAAAAGGGUUGUUGAUAUGAAUAACUCACUGGAUGUGUUUGGGUUGGGUAACUUCUAUGAGUUGGAAAUAGAGCAGUGGGUUGAUAAGUUGCAACAACAUGAGGAAAUAAGGCAAUUGACAGUAGAAAUGCAGCGACAUAAGAUACAAAAGCCUGUUGUGUUGUCAAAUGAAUUUGUUGGUGAAGACUUUGAGCACGACGUUCAAAUCAUGUGGACACUUUUGGAGGAUGUCCAUGUUUUCAUUAUUGGCAUACAUGGAAUGGGGGGAGUGGGGAAAACAUUCUUUGCAACUUAUAUGGAGAAUGAGAUCAAAAGAAAGGCAACUUUUAACCAUGUCUUUUGGGUCACCGUUUCCCAUGAUUUCACCAUUUUCAAAUUGCAACAGGACAUUGCAGAAAGAAUAGGGGUAAAGCUUUGUGGAGAUGACGAGAGAAGUAGAGCAACAAUUUUGGCAUCUGAGUUGGAGAAAAUAGAAAAAUCAGUACUUAUUUUGGAUGAUGUUUGGAAAUAUAUUGAUCUAGAGAAGGUGGGAAUUCCUCUCAGAAUGAAUGGCAUUAAAUUGAUCAUCACAAGUCGUUUGAAACAUGUGUAUCGACAGAUGGAUUGCCAGUCACAUAAUAUCAUAACAAUUUACCCUCUCCAAUGGUCAGAAGCUCGGGAGUUAUUUUCGCUAAAGCUUGGACACCAUGGAACACCUGCAACACUUACCCCUGAAGUACUUGAGAUUGCAAGAUUUGUCGGAAAAGAGUUCAAUGGUUUACCACUUGGAAUCAUUUUGAUGGCUAGAACCAUAAAGGGUUGUUAUGACACUUAUAUGUGGAGACAUGCAUUGAAUAAACUUAAAAAAAUGGGAAUUGGAGAAGAGGUGAAAGAAGUGGUCUUGACUGUACUAAAACGAAGCUAUGACAAUUUAGUUGAAAAAGACAUGCAAAAGUUUUUCUUACAUUGUAGUGCAGUGUUACCUAAUACUUUUGAUAGAAGUGAUUUGGUUGUCACGCUUCUUAACAAUGGAUUUAUGAAGGAAAAGGGAAAUUUAGAGGAAAUAUUUGAUGAGGGACAUGACAUAGUGAAUAAACUCAUAGACCAUUCUUUGUUGUUGGAUUUGGAGGAUUGUUCACUUCUAGAAAUGCAUAAUCUGGUAACAGACAUGGCGUGUCAUAUCUUGAAUGAGAGUCACAGUUACAUGGUGAAAUGCAAACAAGAAUUGAGAAAGAUACCUCACGUGCAAGAAUGGACAGUUGAUCUGGAGUUAGUUUAUUUGGCAAAUAACAUGAUAGAAGAAAUCCCAGAGGGCACAUCACCUAAUUGUCCACGCUUAUCCAGUUUGAUCUUAACUAAUAAUCGCAUCAACCAUAUUCCGGAGUGUUUUUUCACAGACAUGAAUGCUCUAACAGUACUUGAUUUAUCAUAUAAUGAUGCUAUCUAACUUGAGGUCUCUUAUUUCUUUAGUGCUCACCGGAUGUUCAAAAUUGGAACAUAUACCUCCAAUAGGAGAGCUACGAGAGUUGUCAAGAUUGGACAUCUCACAUUGUUCGAUCCUCCAAGUACCUCAAGGAUUGCAAAAUUUAAUAAACAUGAAAUGGCUUGAUUUGUGCAAUAAUGUCAACUUAACAUUGGAACCGGGAUGUGUUCUACUUCUACCCAAUUUGACCAAUAUGCAAUAUCUGGAUAUGCGGUAUAGUUCAAGUAUAAAAUUAGAAGAUGUGCAAGGGAUGAGCAUGCUUGAAUGUUUUGGAGGAACCUUUCUGGACCAGGAUAACUUGAAUAGUUAUGUGCAAGAAAUCCAGGAUAGAGGUUAUGGACCUAAAACUUUUCUUAUCCAUUUAGGAACAUACGAGGG